AUUAGAGGAUCUAAAACCCACCCACCCAAUGGUUAGAUUGAGUGAAAGAAAAUUGGAUAAAAUGGGCGAAGAAGAAGAAGAUCCCCAGAAGAUGAAGAACAUAUCAGCAGCAGCCUACGACUAUGAUAACGAUCCUAGGUGGUCGGACUACUGGUCCAACAUUCUCAUACCGCCUCACAUGUCUUCUCGAUCCGAUGUUAUCACCCACUACAAACGCAAAUUCUACCACCGUUACAUUGAUCCUGAUCUUGUUGUGGAACCAAUGACUACUACUACACGAACUGCCUCUCAAUCUGCCAGCUCAGCGACAACACCGCCAUUAUCAUCGUCCGCAAGUGAACGCCGGCCGUCUCAAAACUCGGGGUCCACCGCAAGAGUAUCACGAGCAUCAUCGACUGCAAAUUCAGCUCCGUUGUCCUGGGAUCGACAUACGAUUCAGUUUUCCGUCAAUGCUUGUGUAUCUGUUGUGACCGUGCUCGCUAUUUUGCCCCUCGUACCAAAAAGUCUUUCUAGUCGAGCAUAUCGGCUGUCAUUUAUGGGCACUCUAUGUUCUUCGAUUUAUUCCAUCUACUCUCUACAUGGAAAACCAAGGGCAUGGAAUUUGCAGGCACUGCAAGUGUGGUUUCAGUCGGUAAUCGUAACAAAGGAUUUUAUCCACUUCAUUUAUUGCCUCACGUUUAUCUCUUCAAACCUUCAACUUAAAUUUGCUUUGCUUCCCAUCUUACUUCCAGCCUUGGAACAUUCGUCAAAAUUCCUCAGACGUAAUUUCAGACAAUCAUCCUUGUAUAGGAAGUAUUUGGAAGAACUUUGUGUUUGGGUGGAGUCAAACCCGACAACACUUGGCAUACUGUCGUCACAAGCUGAGAUUGGAAUCGGAUUCCUUUUAAUUAUCUCGCUUUUAUCGUCGCAGCGUAACAUCGUACAAACUUUCAUGUACUGGCAGCUAUUGAAGCUGAUGUAUCACGCACCUGUUACGGCGGGUUACCACCAAAUUUUCUGGCGUAAAGUUGGGACGACGGUUAGGCCUCUCAUUCAUAAACAUGCACCGUUUCUAAACAGUCCCGUCUCUGCAAUACAAAAAUGGUGGUUCAGGCAAUAAUAAUACCGAGCUUUCGAGAGGAAGAAACAGAGAAUAAGGAUCCAUGUAGGAUAUGCAUUAGUUUUUAAUCCAUUUUUAGUAAACAACAUGCAGUUCACUUGCAAUUGUUUAUCCGGAUCUUAUUGAUUUAGCCUAACCGGAAUGGUAUUUGAUCGUUAUGUCGGCCUACCCGGUUUUGUUAUUCGGAUAUAUUUGUUUUUA